GCUCUUCCUUCGCUUUGCGAGAUUCAUGUAUUCGCAAGUCUUUUGUUGUGAUUUGAGCUCGUAAGACACGCUAGUGCAUUAUUUUGCUUGUGCAUAAAGUCCCGCUUUCCGCUGAUUUGAUUUGUGGUGGUCUUCCCGAACGCUGCACGCGACUCAUCACCCGAGAACAACUCAGAGACUGCCCACCACCGGCGCGCCGGAAGGCUGAAAUAGGAGGCGAUACUCUUUUCAAUAGCGAAACUAAUCGAUAGUUGUGUCGGCUUAGUAGAAAGAUUGCCCUGUUAAAUUCGACGAAACGAACAUAAUCGAUCCACCAAACUCCACAGCGAUCUCCUACUUCCGGGCGUUGGGUGGGGACGUAACUCGCAUCCAAGAGCAUGGACAACAUCACGAGCCUUGUAUGAAGAAGGAGAAAACCAUAUGAAAUUUUGUUAGCGUCUGCACGAAGAAGCGCAACUGCCUCCACAUGCAAGCCAGCGAGCAAGAAGUGGGAACGUUGGACAGAAAGAUGAGGUUAACGGCAUCGACAAGUCCCGAACGGCGACAUAGGCCUACGCAGUCGGACUCAAGCUCAAGCUCAAGCACGUCAGCGGAGGCGUCAUCUGCCGUGAACAUGUCAAGAACAGGCAGUUCGCAUAAUACGGUCUUGGAUACCGCUGGGGAUAGCGAUCAUGCACAGGACCAUGCCCUCCCAAGUCCUGCGACUCAACCACCUACACGGCGUGAUAGCAGAAAUACUGUACCAAGUAAUGGGAGAAGGCAAAGCGACAUCGUAUUGCCAAAGUGGCAGCCAGAUGCAGAUGUCACACGGUGUCCAGUCUGCAACAAUCAGUUCACGUUCUGGUAUAGGAAGCAUCAUUGUCGGAAGUGCGGCAGAGUUGUCUGUGCCAACUGUUCGCCACAUCGCAUAACGAUACCUCGACAGUUCAUUGUCCGUCCUCCUGAACCCCCAAGCAUAGUGCUAGAUCUUACUGGAGAGACAUCGCCUACUACUCCAACAACGCCCGUGCAGCUGUGGGGCGGCGAAGAGGUACGAGUAUGCAAUCCAUGCGUACCGGAUCCAAAUUUCAGUCCUCCGCCGCAGCAACAGCCACCAAGAUCUCCUGAUCCCAUACUGCCUGAACACUGGAGGUUUCCGACGGAGAACUCCUCACCUCCAAUUCAUCAUCCAGCGUCAAGGAGAAUGCGUAACUCAUCUGGACCUCUCCCUCCAGCCCCACCACUACCGCCACAUAUAGGGCACCGACCGACAUUAAGCGAUGCCUCGUCGAUGUCGUCUGAUCAUCAUAGAAGAUUCCCACAAGGGCCAUUCCUGACUCAUCGUGGGGCAUUCCCGGCACACCUUUCGGUACGCGAUAUUUUCAGUUCCUCUGAAUCAAGCAGCGCCCACUAUCCACCCAGGACUUCUAGUGCUGGAGCAACGGGUUCGUCCUCCUCGACACACCCUCCAGCACCGUCACGGCCAUACCACAAUCCCCCCCUGAUCGACAUCAACACGUCCCCGCCUCCCGCUGUGCAACGAAGGAGGCAGAUUCCUGAGGAAGACGAAUGCCCUAUCUGCUCCGAAGAACUUCCACCCAAGGGACCAAACGGGGAGACGACGGACAGAGAACGACACGUCGAAGAUUGCAUUGCAAUGCACUCGUACACAUCUACACCUCCUUCCAGGGCUGUUUCAGCUCCUCCUGAUGGGGGGGAAGGGGCCUCAUCGGUUUCUGGCUCAAGGCCGGCUGCAGGGCCACCGGCCUCACUGCCUUCCUCAUCCAGUGCACCGUUGCGGCAUCGUCGAAUGACAGGAGGACGUAUGCUGGUCUACAAGGCGACGGAGAAGGACUGCGUGGCGGAAGACGGAACAGAAGCGGAGUGUGUGAUCUGCUUUGAGGAAUUUGAGCCCGGCGACGAAAUGGGACGCCUGGAGUGCCUUUGUCGCUUCCACAGGGCAUGCAUUCGGCAGUGGUGGGACACCAAGGGAGCAGGCAGCUGUCCCACGCACCAGCUGCAUGACUGAGUUUCUCCCGCGAAAUUUCUGGCUAGUCCUUUUUCAGGGGUUUAGGGUAAAGGUCCAGCGUUGAUAGUUGUUUUUCGUUUUUCGUUCUUUGACUCAAAGCACGUGUUCGAGUUGGGGCAUGUUCCAUCGCCCGAGCAGAGACUGAUCCCAUUCAUGUUCAAGUUGGAGUUACGGUGCCUUUUCAUUGGGAUCGCAUAUUAUACCACUCACGACGCUUUAGUUUCGGGAACGCCUACUGCUCGAUUGAUAUAGACUACACGUUUUGCCAAUGAUGACAUGAGACAAGUUCUGAU